AUGAACAUUUGCUUCUAUGUCUUCAUCGGAAACCUAUACGCGGCAGGCCUCUCCACAGGUUUUGCUUCAUUGGCCCAGGACUUCCACGUCGGAUUCGACACGCUUACUGGCCUUGUCGCCUGGCCUGUAUUCGCACUCGGAAUUUCCAACCUCUUUUGGAUGCCGACAGCAAUGUGCAUCGGUAAGCGGCCAGUGAUCUUGAUCUCCAUGAUAGUCUUCCUAGCUGGAUGCACAUGGAGCAUCAAAACAAGCACUUUCAAAGAUCUACUAGCCUCUAGAAUCAUGGCUUCAUUUGGGGCUGGGUCUAUCGAGGCUCUUGGACCGUCUAUUAUCGCUGAUCUCUUCUCGGAGCGGUAUUUUGCAACCGCCAUGGCUCUCUUCGCCUUGUCGCUUUGCGCUGGAUCUCAAGUCGGCCCUAUGAUUGCCGGUUUUGUUAUCGGCGACAAAGGCUGGAGAUGGUUCUUCGUCGUUUGCGUGAUCCUCGGUGCAGUCAACUUCUUGGCUUCGAUCCUCUUCUUGCCUGAAACAACCUUCCGGCGUUGCUUUGCCGAAGAUGGGAAUGGCAAUGCCGCUGAAGUCGAAAAGAAGGUGGAACAAACUGUCGAACAGAGAGAGAACGAACCUUCUCCAAGGAAUUACUGGAAGGAUCUAAUCUCGUUUAGAGAUCGUGGUCUCGAGCCUGAAGGACUGAAAUGCUGGCCUGGGCAAUUUUCCCUCCCGUUUCGGUUCCUUUGUGUGCCGAUUGCUUUAUUUGCGACGAUCGCCUAUGGCAUUUUUCUUUCGGGAAUCGUCCUCAUCUCCGCCAUCAGCCCCCAAUUCCUCUCAGCACCACCAUACCACCUUUCCUCCUCAGCAAUCGGCGUUUACACACUCUCCUCCUUCCUCGGCAUCGUAUUAGGCUACCCCAUCGCCGGUCCCUUAACCGAUCUCCUCUCCAGAUUGGUCGCCACUCACAGAAGAAACACUACCACCACUAUCAACAACACCCACCACCCAAAAGACCGCAUGCCCGCACUCAUCGUCCCCUUCCUGAUCGCACCUCCAGGCUUGAUCCUCUUCGCGUACGCAAUCGCAAGAGAGAAAUCGUUAUAUGUCUCUGCCACCGGAUACGCCAUGCAGGCAGCAGCUCUUGUCUUCGUUCCAUCAGUCACCAUGUCUUAUAUCAUGGAUGUAUAUCCGCAGUCCGGAAGCGAGGCCAUGGUGCUUAUCAAUGCGGGUAAAAAUGUCGUUGCGUUCGGGGUGACGGUCUCGGGUGCCGGCUGGGUGGGGCGUGAGGGCAUUGUCAGGGUUUUUUGGGAGUUGGCUGCUGUGCAGUGGGUGGUUUUGGCGUUGGUGGUGCCGUUGUAUGUUUUUGAUGGUGUUGUGAGGAGAUUUGCGGGGCGGUUCGUUUAG